AUGAGACAAUCACACCAGCUGCCCCUCCUGGGGUUUCUAUUGCUUUCUGUUAUUCCAAGCCAGCUAUGCGAGAUCUGUGAAGUAAGUGAACAAAACCACUUCCUUCUAAGCCCUCUGGUGAACACAGUGAUCAAUUCAACAUAUACCAGGGGAAAAGAAGCUGCCAAUGUCCUAUUGUCCUUCAGACUUGUUGGGAUCCACAACCAAACCCAACAGCUGAUCCAACAGGUCGAAUACAGUGUGGAAAGGAAAGAGUCAGAUUUAAGCUCGGGACAGCUUGCCUUGAUUAUACUGGCUUUGGGAGCGUGUAAUAACACUGAUGAAGCCUUUAUAGAUGAUCAUCACCUGGUCAGACGUCUAGAAAAUAAAUUCCAAGCAGAAAAAAAUAUGGAAACACAUGAUGGCAAUCCGCUGACUGACUACUACCAGCUCAGCCUGGAUGUUUUGGCUUUGUGUAUGUUCAGUGGGAAUUACUCAACUGCCAAAGUUGCUGAACUGUUCGCUCCUGAAAAUAAAAACUAUUAUCUUGCUGGACAGUUCUCAGUAGGUACCGGUGCAUUGUCUGUCCUGGCUCUGACCUGUGUGAAGAGGAGACUAACAAAGGAGCAGAUCAAAGACGAUGAAGAGACUUUAAAGAGUAUCAAUAAUCAUACAGAGUCACUGGUAAAAAAGAUUCUGUCUGAGAAAAAAGAAAAUGGUCUCAUUGGAAAUAUAUAUAGUACAGGAGAAGCUAUGCAGGCCCUCUUUGUCUCAUCAAACUAUUACAAAAAAGAUGAAUGGGAUUGCCAACAAACUCUUAACAUGGUACUCAAGGAAAUUUCUCAGGGAGCAUUCAGUAUUCCAAUUGCUGCAGCCCAGAUCUUACCUGCCUUAAUGGGAAAGACCUACCUGGAUGUUAACGAAAACUCUUCUUGUGUCUAUUCAGGUAACUUCAGCAUCUCCACUCAGGCACCUAUAACUGUGACAACUCCUAACCCACCUUUGAAUAUCUCAGUCCGUUACUCGGUGAUAAUCAAUGAAACAUAUUCGACCAACGUGACAGUGACAAAUGGUUCCGUCUUUCUAGUUGUGAUGGAGGAAGCUCAGGAAAAAAAUGAGACUAUAUUUGGUUUCACAAUGGAGGAAAGCUAAUGGGGCCCCUAUAUCACCUCUGUUCAGGGCCUAAGGGCCAAUAGUAAUGACAGAACCUACUGGGAACUUCUGAGUGGAGGCAAACCACUGAGCCAAGGAGUUGGUAGUUAUGUUGUCCACAAUGGAGAAAAUUUGGAGGUUCGUUGGAGCAAAUACUAA